GCUGUCAAAUUGAUGUUAUUUGACUUUGACCCGUCCUGUCGUGCUGCGAGUGUGUCUUUACGUCUUGAGUGACAUUUUCUGGCCGUUUCGGCAGUGAUUCGCAAGGGCCGCGCUACGGAAACGUGUCGCACGGCCGACGGAGAGUGUUGGAAGCCGAAUCAAAGAGGCUGACAUCCGUGUUCUUGCAUUUUUCAUUGGCGAGCGAGGCGAAAUAUGCAAGCACAUGUGCUCGACGCAACUGACUUCGACUAGUUUGAUCGGCCACUCGGCGCUUCUGAAGCGAGCUCUGCUCACCAAAUCUUCUGCCCGCUCCGUGCACGAGCCUCUCUUUGAGACCAGCAUGAAGUUCAAGCGACCAGCACGUGAGCGGCUAAACUCCGACGAAGGUCUCGCGGUGGCCUACCCGCUCAACCUGUCCCUGCCGCAGACCUACCUGCCGACGGACCCUGGGAGCCACGGCGCGCAACAACCCCACCGCAGACGCAGGGGCAAUUUGCCCAAGCAGGCCGUCAAGGUGCUCAAGCGGUGGCUCUUCGAGCACAGGUACAAUGCGUACCCUAGCGACGCGGAAAAACUUGCCCUCUCCAGGGAGGCCAGUCUCACCGUCCUUCAGGUGUGCAACUGGUUCAUUAACGCACGACGACGAGUGCUGCCGGAGAUGAUAAGACGUGAGGGCCAAGACCCCCAGCAUUUCACCAUCAGUCGAAGGGGCAAGAAGCAGCAGGGCAGCCCCAUGUUGACCGCCCCUGGAGCCCAAACUCCCUCUUUCAACCCCUCCCAGCGCAGUCACCGCACCCCUUCCGAAAGCAGCUCGGACGAAGCAAGUUCCUCGACGGGCUCAGUCUUCAGUGAGAACAACAACCACCACCCCUACCUGAGCAGUGACACCCUCAGUGAGGACGAAGACGAGAUUCCUCGCAAGAUCAAGCGACGAAACCGACCAACCCUGCUGCCCUCGGAGCUCAAGAGGCACAAGAGCUGGGAGCCGUCGAUCGCCCCUCCGACGCCGCCCAACGAGGAACACGAGGAGCAGUUCAAGUGCCUCUAUCUGCUGGUCGAGGCUGCUGUGAGCCAGCGAGAGAAGGAAAUGGGCAUGUUGACCCCUGACGAGGAGCGCAUGCCGGCCACUUUGUAGAGGGGAGCCUCAGUCUAGUUCUUAAAAGUAAUGUCAAGUUCAAAAACGGACCCGCCGAGGCCAUCUUUGAGAGGCUGGCGGCCUGGGUCUGUUGUAGAUGUGUUCAAAUCAACAAGAAUUAAUUCUUAUUCUAAACACUCUGGCGGCGAAUUUUGCUUGGCUGGGAUUUAUUUCAAAAAUUUUACCAUGCGAGAGAUUUUAACACUAAUAUUUUGGCUAAUUUUAUUUGUGUAUAAAAGCAAAACUACUCCUGCCAGCUGAGUUCGUGCCUUGAAACUAAGUUGUGUGUACAGCGCAUUUUUGAAAUGAGAUUUUCUGCUGGAGUCAUGCCGAGGGGAAGUGUCCUACCUAGCUUUGUCAAAAAAAAAUCCACAAGUGCCAUAAGCUGACAAACUUUGACUUUUCCAUGCCAGACGGCGUCCCAGCUCAAUAUUUUAAAUCUCUAUAAUGAUGUGUAAAGAAACUUGCAUACUUUUCUGUGUAAUUGUAUGUACUCUGGGAAUCAUUAUUUUCGUAGUAUUUGUUUGUAGUACGCGUAGGCUGUAAGAUGCCCUAAUUACUUCAUUUUUCUGUCUCCGUAAUUGAAAUCAUCAUCGUGCCUCCGUAAUGAAGAAAUAUUGGCACAUAACAAUUUUUCUUAAGGUCUGACAAUAAAAAUCACAAAAUGAGCUCUUUUGGCUGUUCACGAUGGACUUUGUAAAUAUUUCUUUUCAUUCUUUCCUUUGUAUGUAAAUUGUCAAAUUUCCCUUUGGCAAAGUAAAUCAAUCUUGAAAUUCUGUGCUCAUAACGUAAGUUAGUGAUAACGUUAAGGUUAAUCAAUCUUGUAGUUGGUUGGCUCAAAAACGUGGUGGAGCAUGAUUGCUAAUGUCUAAAAUAUAGGUGUGCCUUAUUUCAAGCAGACGAGAUUGAGAGGCAUAUUUUGGACGGAGCGAGGAGAAAAGAGUGUGGAAAGUGCAUUUUAAGGAAAGAAAGACGUCACUGAAAAAUGAACUACACUGAAAUGCAUAUCACAAAACUAAAUAGUGACAUGUGAAGACAUCACAUUGUUUGUGGAAAAUAGUCUGAAGAUGCCCGAGUUUGCAUCUAGUUCGUAGAGGAUUUAAAAGAAAUUCUAAAGAGAAAAAAUACGAUGGUAAAGAAACUUAACUUGUAACUUAGCAUUUUUGACCUUCGAUCGCUCACCUUUCAAUGGUUGUGCAAUUGCAUAGAUUAAAUCGACAUUUCAUGUAUUUGUUUAUACACGUUUUACAAAAAUGUUUUAGCUGUAACUAAUACAAAAAUAUAUGGAAGAUUGUGAACAACCACCCUAGGAACCAGAAAUACAGAGAAUCAAUUAUUUUGUAGAAAUGUUUUUGUUGCGUCUCCUUCAUGGGUUUUGUCAGUUGGCAAUUUAAUUUAAUUUGUGAGCUCUUAUUAUUUUGUGUUUUCCUGACACCAUUUUAAGAUUUAGGCGGCUUGUGCGAGAUUUUUAGUUCGGCUGCUCAUCGCUUACAUAAUGAGAUUUAGAUAAGUCUUGCGCUUUGUAUUUGUGGUCAAUGAUUAAAAGAGACCUGUGGUGAAGCAUUAAA